GUCUCCCGGCGUGACUUAGCGUGACCUGGCGACGUGAUCGUAUCGCGUCUGUCGUCAUAUUAUCGGUGUCUACUGAUUUACCAGAAAGAACCCUGGGGUCUUGUGAAUAGUCCAUUCGGCAGCAAUGGAUUCGUACGACGGUUAUGGCUCCCCUGGGAGGAGUCGCGACGGAGACUCCUAUCCGUCUAGAGCCCCAGUCGAUUCGUAUCGUCGCAGGUCUCCUGGUACCAGCGCCCCUUCCCAGGAUCGCCGCCGUGGACGUGGCCGUUCUCGAUCUCCUGUCCUGAUUGACCGUUACGAACCGGUGGACCGUCCCCGAUCCUCUCGUGAUGACUACUACGGAAAUUCUCGUGACCAUGCAGCAAGGGACCGUGAGGACCGCCGCAGAGCUCCUUCGCCUCAUGUCGCCAAUAUCGACCGCUACGUUCCCGGACAGGAUUCCGGAAAGCGCCCGAUUCCUACCAACCCCCUUCCCAACCCGUUGACAUUGGACUUCCAAGUUGGAUUUAAUUGGUUUGCGGAAUGGUGGAGAGCGGAGCAGGCUAUCAAGGAGGAAAAGGAGCGCGCGAAACAUGGCGGACGGCGUCCGUCUGAUCGCGUCAAGGGAGAGCGCGAGGCCCGCGAGGAUCGAGAAAGGGAGAGGGGACAGAUCCAGGCGGCCUACGAUGCCUAUAAGGCGGAACUGCAGGUAAAGAUGGCUAGGGCCUUCGUGCAGCAGCAUCGUAAUGAAGAGUGGUUCAAGGAACGCUAUGUCCCAGAGAUCCGAGAUCCUCUGCGGCGCCGCCUGAUGGAUUUUCGGAGCGGCGCUUACGCGCAAUGGGAGCGCGACAUUGAGUCGGGCGUCUUUGACGAAUUCACCCUGGAAGGAAUUUACAAGAGUGAGAGCGACGGAGCAGGCGGUAUCAUCGAGAAGGAAGAGGGUGAAGCCACCGCUGUCGGUGAGACCCUCGGAGUCCUCGACUUGCUUCCCGCUAGGGGCGCGGAAUUGCGCGACGAAGCGCUUUCCCAGCCCGCGCUUCUUAUCAAGACACUGGCCCCGAACGUCAGCCGAGAGAAGAUCGAGGAAUUCUGCAAGGAGCAUCUUGGUGAGCAAGACGGCGGCUUCAAGUGGCUCAGUUUGAGUGACCCAAAUCCGGCAAAGAAGUACCAUCGGAUGGGAUGGAUUAUGCUCCACCCCGCUCCUGAGCCACCGGCUGUGGUUGAAAGAGGCGACGGCCGCGAUGAGGAAGGAGAAGAGAUGGAAGCCGAUGCUACUGCCAAUGGAUCAAGCACGGCGUCGACAGCCGAGAAGGCACUGGACGCCGUCAAUGAUAAGACCAUCCAUGAUCCAGUCCACGGUGACUUUGUCUGCCAUGUUGGUGUGCAUGUGCCACCUUCGCAGCCUCGCAAAAAGGCUCUUUGGGACCUCUUUUCGGCCCCAGAACGUAUUGAGCGUGACCUCGCGUUGGCAAGGCGACUGGUGGCCAAGUUUGACUCGGAAAUGGGUGAAAAUGCAGAUGGUUUCACCAAGAUAGAAGAGCGGGUGGAAGAUCUCCGCGGAAAAGGCUGGUUGCAGCCUCCCGUUACCGGGCCUGUCAGCGUCAAGAAGCGCAAGAACGGGUUUGGCUCAGAGGACGGGUUGGACGAAGGCGAGGCCGAAGAAGGCGAAGAACAGGAAGGAUGGGAAGAAGAAGAAAUUGACGACGAAGACCUACUGGUCAAGAAAAAGAAACUGGACCUCAUGGUCGAGUAUCUCCGCCGGGUGUAUAACUUCUGUUUCUUCUGUGUCUUUGAGAGCGACUCCGUGCAUGAACUUGUCCGGAAAUGUCCCGGUGGCCACCUGCGUCGUCCACGAGCCGGACUGACCAGUCAGGCAAAAGCUGUGGCUAAGGCCAGCGCCCAGGGGCAGCCGUUCCCUGCCAAGAAAAAGGAGCAGGCUGAGGAGGGUGAGGAGACCACAGUUCCGGUCGAAGAGAAGCGCCCUCAGCGGUUUGCUUCCAAGUCGGAGCAGCAGUUGCAGCGUGCGUUCAACUGGGUCAAGACGUUUGAAGACAAGCUUCUCCAAAUUCUAGAGCCGGAGAAUGUGGACAUUAGAAAGCUGGGUGGAAAGCCCGUCGAGGAAGCGCUUGAGGAGGAAUUGUCCAAAUAUAUCAAACAGGAAGACGAGUCCAAGUUCCGCUGCAAGGUCCCGGAGUGUACCAAAUUGUUCAAGGCGGAGCACUUCUGGCGUAAACACGUGGAGAAACGUCAUCCUGAAUGGUAUGAGAACAUUAAGAAAGAUCUUACCCUCGUGAAUGCAUAUGUUCUGGACCCUGCCCACAUUGCGCCCUCUCGGUCCGACGCCAAUAGCAAUGGUCACUUCCCUCUUUCAUCUGCGCACAUGCAGACAGGGACUCCUCGUGGCUUCAACCUUUCCAACAUGCCCUACUUUGGCGCCAACGGCGUCGCUGGGAACUUCCAGGGUAUGCCAGGUCCAGGUUUUGCUGGCUUCGUGGGUGUAGGCCAGGCCGGUGCAUUCAAUGCAAACGGACUGAUCGCUGGAGACCCUUCCCUCCAUCAGCCUGGUGUCAUGCGUCGAAAUGGCGGUAGGUAUAGCAACCGCUCGGGACCGUACGACCGUCGCGGCGGUCGUUACGGCCAGGGAGGAGGUAUGGGCAAUGGCCGUUUGAGCCCUGUCCGAGGUAUGCCUGGCAUAUUUGGAUCUGGUGGCCGGCUUCCAUACAAUGCUAGUGCAGCGUACGUUCCCCCAGGACACCCGGCCGCCGAGCUUGUCGGUCAUGGCGGUUUCCCUGAUGCUAUGGGUUCUGGAGGCGCACAACAAGCUAUGGGUCCUCGUGAAGCUGUGCAGGGUCGCAGCUUGAAGAGUUAUGAGGAUCUCGAUGCCGUUGGAGGUGCUGGAAGUGGCGAGUUGAACUACUAAACGUUACUACCCGCCAUUGAGACAAUUUUGCGCGCCAUGAAUCAUUACUCUGUGCUUAGUUGCCCUUCAUUCUUUUCACCUGCGAUACCAGGAUAAAAAGCCCUGUU